GGUGAUGUUAAUACAUUGAUAAUCUAUUCCACCUAAACUGGAAGCGUGGGAACAACAUGACUAGAGUAAUAGAUAAAAAAACUUAGUACCCAUGCGCUUGAAGUUAAAUUGACCUCGAUUACAGAAAUAGACUUAGGAUACAACUUUGUUGUUAAAUUACUAACCUACUUAUAUUCGGUUGACGUCGAACAUAAUUAUUUUGUUAUCUGCACAGAUUUGUGUAUAGGUAGUAAACCACACUCGUCCUUAAGAAAUCUGGGCUCUUAGCGAAAAUACAAAUAAAUUAUUGCAGCAGUAACAUAGGAUUAUGGAUGUUUCAGCAUCGUAUUUUGUCGAAGCUAUUAAUAUACAAAGUUUCUUGUUUGGAUUAGUCACUUUAUUGCUCGUACGAUGGCUUAUAACUAGAUCGAAAUAUAAUUACAGUUUACCCCCGGGUCCAAUAGCUUUUCCAAUUAUUGGAAAUAUACCUCAGAUGGCUACAACCACAGAUAUCAAUUUAAAGAUGGAAGAACUUCGAAAACAAUUUGGAGAUAUCUUCAGACUCAAAUUUGGUUCUGAAACCUUGGUGAUUGUAUGCAAAACAGAGUGGAUUUUAGAAGGAUUGGUAAAGAAAGGAGAUGAAUUGAAAGGAAGACCCUACUGGAUGUACGUACCGAAGAGAUUAAACCGAAAGAAAGGAAUCUUCUUUAAUAUAGGAAAAGAAUGGAAGGAUUUGAAAAAAUUUACUAUUUCAACACUGCGGGAUUUAGGAAUGGGUAAGGAAAAGCUAGAAGAACAGAUAUACAUGGAAACCCAGACCUUAGCCGAUGCUUUUCAAUUAUCAAUGGCAGACCCUAUAAUUACACAAGAAAUGAAGAUGCAUGCAGUCAUCGUGGUUAUAAAGGCUGAACAUAGCAAUUUAGAAAUAGCACGAUUUUUAAAAGUCGCAAGAUCCUUCGUCUACAAAGUUCGCAAGGAGUUAGAGGCUAAAGAUGGAAAUGUAUCGCUAGUAUCAAAACAUAAGAAACAUUGUAGAAGCACUGGUAGACUUAGAGCACCAGAAUUUAUUCAACAAGUAAAGCAGACCAUUUAUGACAAUCCCAAAAGAUCCAUGAGCUUGAAUUGCAAAAGAACACCAGAUGUCAGAAUGAACAAUCUGGAAUAUUGUCCACAAAGACAUCAGAUACAAAUCUUAUGCGAUGAGAAAAGGAUAAGAUCUGGAGCGCCUGAGUUUCAAGAAAUAGUUGAUGACUUGAGAUUUUUCUUCAACAAUGUAAAUGCAUUUAUACCAGAGAAUUUCUUUCCAUUCCUGAGAUUUGUCCUAUGGAAUUCUCCCCUAAAACAAAUUAUCAAGAACAACAACAAGAUCCGAAGUUACGUAAAAGAGAAAAUCAGGGAACAUAAGGAAACCUACAAUGGUGACUACAUAAGAGAUUUUGUUGACGUCUACUUACUCACACUUGAGAAGGAACCAAACAAUGAAUCUUUAUCUGAAGCGAAUAUUUUCCAGGCGAUUAUGGAUCUUUUUAUGGCUGGAACAGACACAACAUCUACCAUUCUUAAUUGGGCUUUUGUCCAUAUGGCCAAAUAUCCUGAUAUACAGGACAAAUGUCGAGCAGAAAUCGAGGAGAUCACUGAUCUAAAUAGACCUGUCACUAUGAAAGACAAACGACACCUGACAUACGUUGCAGCGACUCUACUUGAAGUCCAGAGAGUUGCUCCUGUUGCUCCACUCACUGUUCCACAUGCCGCUAUGGUUGACACAACACUAGGAGGAUAUGAUAUUCCAAAAAAUACCAUUGUUCAAUUCAUGUUAAUGGCUGCUCAUUAUGAUCCGAAUUAUUGGGAUAAACCAGAGGAAUUCCGACCUGAGAGAUGGAUUGGAGAAAAUAAUGAGUUAAAGAAAAAUGAGGCUUAUAUGCCUUUCUCUUUGGGUCCCAGAAUAUGUGCAGGAGUAUCACUAGCCAAUAUUGAAACUUUCAUGGGUUUUUCAAAUAUCUUACAAAGAUUUCGAUUGGAAAGUCCUGACGAAACACCAAUGACAAUGAAAGGCAAACAAUCAGGAAUUACUUAUGUUCCAGUAAAUGAUAAUGUCCGUGCAAUACCACUGUGAGAUAUAUUUCAGGGUACCACUUCACAGUACACUAUACAGUUGAAGGUAUAUCACUUUGAUAUACAAAGGUAUCAAAUUCCUAUAGAAUACUGUUAUAUUUUAAAUGGUAUUUAACGAAAUUACAUAAAUGUCAGUUCAUUAGUGGUAUUAUAUUGACCUACAUAAUAUAUCUACCUAUAAACUUCACAAAAUUUAGAGGAUAGAAAUAGACAAGUCGUAUGAUUGUUGCAAUGUUUAAUUUAAUCAAUAAAACUCCAGUAUUAUAUUA